AUGUCUCGCAAAGGCAAGCAGCCCGUCAUCGACUUGCUUGAUGACGAGGCUAGCGCCUCGGAUCCCGACGAUGACUUGAUCGUCGACACUUCUCAUGAUUCGCGCAAGCGAAAAGUUGAGAUAGAGGCGGAGGAAAAGGUCCAGUGGACGGACGACUCCGAUGGCCCUACCGUGAAGCCGAAGAAACGACGGGCCAAACGCAAGUCGACGGCCAAAAAGCGCGAUGUGUCGGCUGUUCACGGUGAGGUCCAAGCGGCACCAGAUGAUGACUUUGAGUUUGCCGGGAUCCCAGACUAUUUGCAGGAGCGGAGGCGAGCGUUUGAUGCCGAUAAGAAACUGCACCACGAAGCCGCCCUCAUGCUGCCGCCUGACUAUUCCGGUAUCGACUUUGAUGAAUCCUCAAGGCUCUCGGAGUUGAAGGAGCGCCCAGUAUUCGACGCGUCUAGCGGUAUAAAGCCCUCGAGACCCUACAAGGACAUCGAGCUUCCUCAGUCCGCCAGUCUAAUUCCUGCUUCUAUCGCUCAGUAUCUACGCGACUACCAAGUGGCAGGUGUCCGGUUUUUGCAUCGCAAAUUUGUAUAUCAAGAGGGCGGCAUUCUGGGCGAUGAUAUGGGUCUAGGGAAGACCGUUCAGGUUGCCGCGUUCUUGACCGCCGCCUUUGGCAAAACCGGAGACGAGCGUGAUGCCAGGCGCAUGCGGGAGAUUCGCUUUUUCAGCGACCGCUGGUAUCCGCGGAUACUCGUCAUCUGCCCUGGCUCGCUCAUCAUGAACUGGAAGAACGAGAUGAACCGCUGGGGUUGGUGGCACGUUGAUGUUUUCCAUGGCGCAAACAAAGACGACGUGCUCGGCACCGCGCGCUCGGGGCUCCUGGAAAUCAUGAUCACCACUUAUGACACGUACAAGAACAGCCGCAGCUCCAUCAACAUGGUACAAUGGGAUGCUGUCAUCUGCGACGAAUGUCAUCGCCUCAAGGACAGAUAUUCGGAAACAACCAAAGCGUUGGCGGAAGUCAACGCUCUGUGUCGUAUUGGCCUUACUGGGACUGCUAUACAGAACAAAUACGAGGAGUUGUGGACGUUGCUCGACUGGACAAACCCAGGUCAUUUCGGCACCAAGGCAGAAUGGUCACAGAGAAUCACCAAGCCUCUGACGGUUGGCCAAUCCCACGACGCGACUGGUGCGCAACUUAGCCUCGCAAGGCAAACGGCAAAGAAACUGGUCCAGAACCUUUUGCCCCGCUACUUCCUGCGGCGGAUGAAGACCCUCAUCGCGGAUCAACUACCCAAGAAGACGGACCGCGUCGUCUUUUGUCCCCUCACGGAGCUGCAACUCGAGGCAUAUCAGAAUUUUCUCUCCAGCUCAGAGCUUGAACUUUUGCGGACCGUGUCGGACCAUUGCGAGCAUGGCGAGAAGAAAGGUUGGUGCUGCCGUAAACAUCUACCUGACGGUUGCACGUGGCAGCAAAUUGUGUUUCCGAGCAUCAUUAUCCUGCAGAAGCUUGCCAACCAUCUCACCCUCCUCGUCCCCUCAACAACGGAUCUGGAGCCUCGACACAAGAACGAGCUCGCGACCCUGCAGACUUGCAUGCCAGACACAUGGAAAGAGCUGUACGAACAGAGGGAUCAGAUUAGGAAUCUGGUCAACCCCGAAUUCUGCGGCAAGUGGAAGGUCCUCAAGAAGUUGCUCAAGUUCUGGCACGGUAGCGGAGACAAGGUUCUCAUCUUCUCUCAUAGCGUUCGCUUUCUGCGCAUCCUUCAACACCUUUUCACCAAUACCAGCUACAAUGUCAGCUACCUGGACGGGUCGCUGUCGUACGAACAGCGGCAAGACGUGGUGGAUACGUUCAACUCGGACCCGACGCAAUUUGUCUUUCUCAUUUCCACCAAGGCGGGAGGCGUCGGUCUCAACAUUACCUCUGCGAACAAGGUUGUCAUUAUUGACCCGCACUGGAACCCCUCGUACGACUUGCAAGCUCAGGACCGAGCGUACCGCAUUGGACAGACUCGGGACGUCGAGGUGUUCCGCCUUAUAUCACUCGGCACCGUGGAGGAGAUCGUGUACGCCCGGCAGAUCUACAAGCAGCAACAAGCCAACAUUGGCUACACUGCGUCAUCGGAGCGCCGCUACUUCAAGGGUAUACAGCAGGACACUGAGAGGAAGGGCGAAAUUUUCGGGCUCGCCAACAUUUUUACCUACCACAGUGACAGCGGGUUGCUCCGGGAUAUUGUCAACAAGACCAACAUCGCAGAAGCCAAAGCCGGCGUUCACCUCGCGGAUGUGGACAUGGAGAAGGCAUCCCAGGAUGGGGAAAGCCUCGGCAUGGUGAAGAAGGAAGAAGCGGAGAACGAGGAUGGCGGCAUCAGCCAGCUAGCCACUCUCCUGACCGCUGAAAACCAGGAGAGGCUCCUCCAAUCGCAGAAGACGGCUGUGCCGAAGACGGACGCCAUCCAAGCUAUCCUCACAUCGGCGGGUGUCGAGUACACACAUGACAACUCGGAGGUCGUCGGCACGUCAAAGGUCGAGCAGCAGCUCUCGCGCCGCGCCGAACUCGCGACGUAUGCUGCUGGAGAUGCCGAAGGGCACAGCGCACUGUUCGCCGACACUGAAGACGAGGACGGCGAUGAGCUGCACAGCGUCUACCGACCACCAGAGGACGUAUGUCUCCGGCAAUUCUGCGAGAUGGCACGCGAAUUCGGCUUCAAGAAUGCGCUUACCUUUGCCCCUAUUGUGGAGACGUGGUCAUCCGAGACGAGACGAAGCUGCCUGGAUACGUUCUACAGAAGGCGAGAAGCAGCACUGGCACGGGCUGAAGUCGCGGAGAGGGAGGGGAGUGAUGAGAUGAAGGCCAUCAUCAAAGACGAAGAAGAGCAGAAGGCUUUCAAAGAGGAGGGCGAGUCAAAAGUGUUGAAAGACUAUGAUGAAAUCAAGGUACUGAAAAACGAGGAUGUCGAGUACGUGAAGAAGCAGGAAGACCUGAAGCUCGAGCCUAAAUACGAAGACGACAGGAAAGACGCCAAAGUAAAGGUGGACUUUACAUCACCAUCUAUCAAACCCAAGAGCAUCAAGGACGAGUUGGUCAAGGACGAGACAAAGCCCUACGACCUCAAAUUCAAGGCGGAGGGCGGUGGUGCGGGUCGCGACGAUGUCAAGACGCCAAUCAAGCACGACGCGUCCGACAACGAGAAGAAGGCUAAGGUGAAACUGGAGGACGGAAAGUCGAAGAGGACAUCGAUAUUCCUGCUCGACGAUGACGACGACGACGAACUGUAGCUACAUGAGUCGGAAGCAAGAUACCCCUGAAUGGAAUUGCGAGCAAAAGUCGACAUCCUACCCCCCCUUAUUUGUCGAUGAGUGGCUACUUGGUCAAGGUACCGAGAAUGUGUGGAAGGACGGCGUAUGCCGGCUCGUCGGGCGGGCUGACGAGGUCACUCUGGUGCCACGGCCCAGCGGAGAGGAGGCUCUUCUUAGUAUCCCGACAGAUACGGCACGAUCCCAUGAAAAAUGACCAGGGGAUGUUGACGAGCCCUAAAGCGGGGUAAGUUUACACAGUCUGACUCAAAAGUUCAAGCUUGGGGGCUCUCACGUUGAUACAGGCUGAACAGCGGCCCGCCGCGGGUCGCCUUGACGUGCUCGUACACAUACCAGUGACCGCCGGGCUUGAGCAGCUUGUAUAGGUGCUUGAUAUUCUCCUCUGGAUCUGGGAUGCUGCACAGGCACAGGACGCCGACGAUGCAGUCGACGCUGCCGGGUGGAAUCUGGCCGUCCCAGGCCUUUGGGUCGCUGACGGACUCGAUGCCCACGGGGACCACCUCGUACACGUCGCCGAGUCCAACUUGCUUGACACGCUUCCGCAGCGCGGCGGCGGACUGCGGGUGCGGCUCGACGCCGUAUAUCUUGGUGAUUUCAGGUCCAGGGCCAGCGCCGCCAGCCUGCUUCCUCUUGCGAGCGCCGUCCGCCGAGUCAGGGACGCCGGCGCCGGCGCCGAUGCGGGCAAAGACGUCGGCCCACAUGCCGCUGCCGGCGCCGACCUCGAUGACGGUCCCAUGAACGGGCGUCCCUACGACGGUGUCGUGAAUGCGACCGCCCGAGACGCGGCCUUCGAGCAGGGGGAUGACGCGCGCCUCGCCGGCCUCCUUGACGCUCGGCCCGAUGGUGGCCCAGAAAUUCCCGAACAGCACGUUGGAGAAGGCAGGCGGCCAGAGGAGCUUCCACAGGGCGCCGGACAGGACGAUGUCGCGGAUCGUCUGAGGGAUGUGCGAGGCCGAGAUGCCCAUGAACAGCCAGGGGUCGACGAGCUGCAUGAGCAGGUCCCUGAGGCCUGCGAGGAAGGAGGCCAUGAUGGGCAGGGGGGCUUUUUGUUCUUGAUCCGCCUCGACGUCGGAGCUUGGAUACAGCAAGAAGAGAUAAGAGUAGAGACAAAUUCACUUACCGACCUGAAAGAUCGGGUAGGCCAAAUAUUUAGAGGUCCCUGCAGGCGUGACGAUACGAGACUAGGCGGCGGGCCCGGCAGUCGGUGGGGCCGCCUGUCCGACCGACGCCCUCCGCGCGAGGCACCGCGUGUAGGGAGGGUGUGAGCGGGUUGGAAGGGCACGGGACACUGUGCCUGGCAUUGCGCCGAACAGGAGUGACUGCUUUUGAGUACCC